AUGGAGAGCACAAGUCCCCUAGAGAAGGGCAAAGAUGUCUUGGGCACUGGUAUUGAGGAGGAUCUCACGCUGGAGCAGCUGGGUUACCAUCAGGAACUCAAACGGUCCUAUGGUCUGCUUGAUAUGAUCGGAUUCAGCUUCAGCAUUGUGACAUGCUGGUCAGCGCUGAGCGGAGCUUUCAUCAUCGGUGUCAGCGCCGGUGGUCCCCCUGUGAUUCUCUACGGAUGGAUAGGAACGUGCAUCCUGACCCUGGCUGUGGCCUGCGCAAUGGCUGAAAUGUGUUCGCGAUGGCCGGUGGCCGGCGGGCAGUAUUCUUGGGUCGCUCUCAUGGCGCCGAAAAAGAUUGCCCGCGAGAUGUCCUAUGUGACCGGAUGGUUUAUGCUGAUGGGUAUGCUUUCAAUGGGAGCGGCAAACAAUUCCUUCAUCGCCAACUACAUCCUUGGAAUGUGCAAUCUCGUCUUUCCAAACUACACCAUCGAGCGCUGGCACAGCGUUCUUCUCGCCUAUCUCGCUGCUCUCAUCGGCGGCGCAAUCAACAUUUUCACGCCUCAUCUGCUCCAUCGUCUCGCCCGAGCUGUCUUUAUAUGGAAUUUAGUCUCCUUCGUGGUCAUCGUGAUCGUCCUAUUAGCAACCAACGACCAUAAACAAGACGCAUCAUUCGUCUUUGUCGACUUCCAGAACAACACCGGCCUAGGCGCUGCAAUGGCUACCAUCGUCGGCAUCCUCCAGGCUUUGUUCGGCAUGUGCUGCUACGACACCCCAGUACACAUGACCGAAGAAAUGACCCAUGCCUCCCGCGACGCACCCCGAGCCGUGAUUCUCUCAGUCGUAAUUGGCGCCGUGACUGGCUUCAUUUUCCUGGUGACGCUCUGUUUCUGUAUAGGCGACAUCGCUAGCACAGCAAAUACAAGCACUGGUUCACCUGUGCUACAAAUAUUCUACGACUCGACGGGAAGCAAAGUAGGCGCCUGCUUUAUGGCGAGUAUGAUUGUCGUGAUCAUGUUUGUGAGUACCAUCAGUCUCGUGGCGGAUGGUUCUCGCUCGUUGUACGCUUUUGCGCGCGAUCAGGGACUACCGUUUUCGGGGACGUUGUCCAAGGUUGAUCGCAAGAAGCAUAUCCCCAUCUAUGCGGUUGUGGUUACGGUCGUAGUGCAGAUGGCGUUUAAUUCGAUCUAUUUUGGGACGGUGACGGGGUUCAAUACAGUCGUCUCUAUCGCCACGACUGGAUUCUACGCAUCAUACGCCCUCGCCCUCCUGGCCCGAUUACUAGGUCACUUCUUCCGCGAGAAAAUCGUCUUCUCAGGCGCCUACUCUCUCUCCCUCCCGAUUUCGCUAUCUGCAAAUCUAAUCGGCUUCCUGUUUUUGUUGUUUGCAUUCAUAUCAUUCAAUUUCCCCUCCGAAGCACCCGUCAAUGAAGAGACGAUGAAUUAUACGAGUGCCGCGAUUGGGGUUAUCGGGCUGCUGAGUCUUGUGACUUGGUUUACGACGGGGUAUAAGCAUUUCCAUGGGCCGGCGGAGGCGAGGAUUGAUUCUGAUGGAAGUAUACGGGCUGGAAGUGAGACGCCGGUUGAGGUCAAGUCUUGA